AAUUAUGUCAUCGGUGUCUAGAGCAUGCUGGGUAUUCUUGACUGCCUGGGACGCCUCCUAACCAAGCAUCCAAACAAGAUCUUUCCAAACUUGUUUCUCUUUCUUAUUCCUGUCAGGCUCUCCGCUAUCCCUCCACUAGUCUGUAUGAAAAAUGUUGCUUUUCAGUACCUGGGUUCUGAUGGCUUUCUUCACCCUGCUCUCCUCUUCAGUAGCAGGAGAGGAACUAUUUGAGGUGAGUGUGUGGCCAGAGUGGCCUGUGGUUGAGGCUGGCAAGGCCCUGUGGAUCAACUGUAGCACCAAUUGUACGUACCCUACUAAAGGAGGCAUUGAGACCCGUAACAUAAAUACGACCAUGCAGCAAGAAGAGGCUCACUGGAAGGUGUUUCAUUUAUCAAAUAUCUCCCAGAAUACCAACAUUUUUUGUUACUUCAUAUGCUCGAAUACCCAAAAGAAGAAAUCUGUCAACAUCAUCGUAUACCGGCCACCAUUGCAGGUGACAUUGAGCCUACAGCCUGCUUGGGUGAUUGUGGGUGAGAAUUUCACCUUGACAUGCCAUGUGCCUAAUGUGGUCCCGCUGGAGAACCUCACUGUCACUCUGCUCCAGGGCACGGAAAAACUACACCGCCAGACCUUUGUGACCGAGUCUAAGGCUUUGCAGGAUGCCUGGCUCACUUUCAACGUCACUGCUAGAAGGGAAGAUAGUAGGAGUAACUUCUCUUGCCAUGCGGAACUGGAUCUCAGGCCACAUAGCGAGCAGUUAUUCUCUGCCAGUUCAGAGCCCAAGAUGCUUGAGAUAUUUGAACCCUCCUGGAACAAUCAGAUGCUCAUCAUUAUCAUCAUUACAAUUCUGCUGCUGCUGGUUUUUGUGAUCUCAGUCUGCCUGUGUUUUGCUUAUGGGCAACACUGGCGUCAACAGCGAACAGGAGGAUACGGGGUACUUGCUGCCUGGAGAAACUACAGAAUCAGAUGAUCAUGAUCCAGAAUGAUGACAAGGACCAGAGGGUUGGGGAUGCCUUUGUCAUAUAGGUCAUCUAUAACAUCUACAUAAAUUAGAAAUUAGUGAAUGCUGAGAAACAAAA